AUGGCUGCCACUGGGGAGGCCACCGUCUAUGAUGACGUGACCAGAUAUGGUCCCAACCCGCCUCAUGGCCCCGACAUUUCGGGCAGCCACCCGCCAUUUGAAGAUCCCCACCUCGACAUGACUGCGAAUGAAAAGGAGAUCUUCAAGUACUUGCUGAAGCCCGACGACAUGUACGACGAAAACGGCGUGUACUGGGCCGAUCUGCCCAUCAUGAAGCGAGUCAAGUUCGUCAGCAAGGUCGACAGACAGGAGACGAGGAGAGAGUUUGCUGCCUUCUGGCAAAUGUUCAAGAACGACCCUCUUGCUCCCCUCGGCUUCUACAUGCGUAACAUGGUCCUCCCGGGUGCCGGUCUCGGUCUGGAAGGGUACGUCCUGUUCUCCAUCGGCAACAUCAAGCCUCUCUUUCAAGCUGCUUUCCCCGACUGCUGGAAGUCCAACUCGAUCUGCGACAAGACCUGGAUCAACGCCAUCGACUACCUCGAAAUCUGUGGUAUCAUUGUCGGCCAGAUCCUCGUCGGUUUCAUCGGCGACUGGAUCGGGCGUCGUUGGGGUCUCAUCCAGGAUGCCACGAUCAUGUUCAUCGGUCUCAUCAUGCUCGUAUGCGCAUGGGGUGUUACCCAAAACGGCUGGGUCAUUUGCUACGCGUGGUCCUUGUUCUUCUACGGCAUCGGUGUCGGCGGAGAAUACCCCAUGACUGCCACCUCCGGAAUGGAGAACGCCGUCGGGUCCGGCAAGGUCUCGACGCGUGAAGAUCGUCUUCACCGGGGUCGCAAAGUCGUCAGUGCCUUCUUGAUGCAGGGGUGGGGUCAAUUCUUCAACCAAGUCAUCCUCAUCCUCCUGCUCUUGAUCUUCCACCACGGCAGCGGAAAUGCCCCAUACUCCAAGGUCGCGGCUCAAUACACCUACCGGGUGUCGUUUGCCAUCCCUGCUGUCGGCACCGCCUGGCUCAUCUACUUCCGUACCUUCAAGGUCAAGGCCAGCGCCAACCGACAGCUUCGUCUCGCGAAGAAGAAGAACGCCGUCACCGGGUACGAUGUCGAGUCCUUGAAGUUGACCUUUUACUACUUUGGUGGUCGGGUCCUUGCCACGGCCGGUACGUGGUACAUGAAUGACGUCUUCUUCUACGGCAACAAGCUCUUCCAGAGCGAGUUCAUUUCCGUCAUCAUGCCCACGAGCACCUCGAUAAUGCCGGCCUGGCUUUACAACCUCAUCAACGUCGGCGUCUCACUGUGCGGUUACUACCUCGCCAGCUUCCUGGUCGACAACAAACUCUACGGGCGCAAGCACAUGCAGUCCUUGGGUUUCCUGAUGGACUUUAUCUUCUUCAUCAUCCCCGGAACCCAGCUCGGCUACUACACCUCCAAGGAACACAUCAAGGAGUUCCAGGCCAUGUACUUCUUGUCGUCGUUCUUCCAGCAAUUCGGACCCAACUGCGUCACCUUCCUCGCUGCGGCCGAGGUCUACCCCGUCGCCGUCCGUGCCACGGCCCACGGGUUCUCCGCCGCCGUCGGCAAGUUGGGUGCGCUGACCGCCGCCGUCGGCUACAGCUAUUGGUCCACGCAGACCAAGUUCUGGGUCGUCCCGUGGUUUGGUCUUGCCGGCGUCAUCCUCAACGUCAUCUGGAUGCCUGACACCACGGGCCUCGAUCUCAAGGAGCAAGAACGUCGCUGGGCGUACAUCCGCGCCGGCCGCGAGAAGGACUACCACGGUAUUGCCAUCCACCCCAAGCAUCUGAGCCUGUGGGAGCGCAUGCGUGGCGUCGGCAAGCCGUACGACCCGGAGCUUGACUUCAAGCAGCGUAUCGAGGAGAUGCGUGGCGAAUGGGAGGAGCGCAUGCAGGCCAAGGUGGAUGAGGCCGAGCACGACGACCAUCUCGCGGACGACGACGACUUCCACUCCGAGGUCUCCUCCUACUUCAAGCGCUCCACCAAGUCGCCCAACCUGCAGGGCAUGGAGAAGGAGAAAAUCCCCCCGGCCGAAGGCUUGAAUAGCACCAACGGUAUCUAA